AUGAAGCGCGACUUUGCGCGUGAAAGCACCACCGACCUCAAGAGCAGCUUUGACUACUUCGAGCAGAUUCUGCUCACCCACAGCGUCAACCGGUCGCCAAAGAGCGUGGGCAUCUUUACCCGAGAGGAGGUCGCAGUCAUCGUGGACUACGUCACGAACUCGUACUACCGACACUUUCAGCUCUACAAGUGCAUCUACACGCCGUACUACCACGUGCACCUUGUGCAGCGCGAGAUCAACGACAUCCAGACACCCAAGGCCCCGCGUCCGCUCAGCCACGGCUAUCUUCACUCCACCAGAUCUCUACCAUCCAUCGAGUCGACCGGAACACUCGACAAAGACGAAGUAGCAGCAGUAGAGACCACAGAGACCCCAUCAGAUGCAUAA